ACGGCCGCAUGGCAACAGGAUCAGAGUCUGGGGGUUGUCUGCUUCUAGGUUUGCUCCCAUUCUAAACCGCCUUUCCUCGCUAGAUGGUGUGCAAGCCACUGGAGAGUACACUUCCCCUGCACAGUGGGCUCACAGCAUCGAACGAACCCGGGACAACUCAGCGCUCGUCCAUAACUGGCUGCGUGGAGCGUGGAAAUAAAAAAAGGCUUUCUCCUUAUUUUUGCCCCGAUUUUUGGCAGACUUGGGCAAGAGCGCCGAGCACGUCCAGUUGUGACGGACAUAAUGAUUGCGCUGUCGGAUGCUUGUGUUUCUGCUCCGUGGCUUAGUGCGAUCCUUCUCAGCCUGGGCUGCCUCCUGCCGUCGUGCUUGCCCGCGGGACAAACUGUGGACUAUUCCUCCGUGGAAAGUGUGGUCAGCAGGCAAGGCGACACGGCUCUACUCAGGUGCUACCUGUCGGAUGGAAUCUCAAAAGGAGCCUGGCUAAACCGCUCAAGCAUCAUUUUUGCAGGGAAUGACCAGUGGUCCGCAGACCCUCGUGUGUCGAUUGUGUCCAGCGUUGGAGACAAGCAUGAGUACAGCCUUCAGAUACAGAAAGUGGAUGUAACGGACGAUGGUCAGUACACAUGCUCAAUUCAAAGCGAGCGCAACGAAAAGCCUAAACUUCUCAAUCUCAUUGUAAAAGUUCCUCCCAAGAUAUAUGACAUUUCCUCCGACAUCACGGUAAAUGAGGGCAGCAAUGUGUCGCUCAUCUGUACGGCCAGUGGGAAACCUGAGCCAGCCAUUUCCUGGAGACACAUAACCCCAUUAGCCAGGAAGUAUGACAGCGGUGAAUAUCUUAACAUCACUGGCAUCACAAGGGACCAAGCUGGAGACUAUGAAUGCAGCGCUUUAAAUGACAUCGCCUCUCCUGACACCAAAACAGUAAAAGUCACAGUCAACUUUGCCCCAUCCAUCCAUGAGAUGAAAAGCCAUGGUGUUGGUUUGGGACGCACUGCUCUGCUAAGGUGCGAGGCAGCUGCUGUGCCUUCGGCAACAUUCGAGUGGUACAAAGGGGAGAAAAGGAUUAUCAAGGGCCAGGGCAUCGAGAUCAAGAGCCUCAGUUCCAGAUCAGUCCUAACAGUGACCAACAUGACCGAGGAUCGUUACGGAAACUACACGUGUCUUGCUACCAAUAAACUUGGGACCGCUAACGCCAGUGUGCCUCUCAUUCCAAUUAUUGAACCCACCACCACUAGUGCUGUCUCAAGGCCAGCCCCUAACACUGCGCCCUACGGGAGCACAGGUAGUGCGCACGUCCCGAUGGCCUGCCGGUACCUGGUUCUGGCUCUGACCACCUUGAUGGCGGCGUACUAGCGGUGGAGCGGCAAGCAAAGUGACUGUCGAGAGCAUUUACGAGUCUUUGGUGGCAUCGCCCACGACUGGAUUCCAAUCGGAAAGCAAGGCAAAGAGUGCAACAUAAUCAUUAUUUUUCAGUUUUAGUCACGGUGGACAUCAUGUAAAUACAAUUUGUUGUUUUCUUUCUUUGCAUUUUUAUUUUUCGAUUGUUCAGCCCCUGGCGUCCAAUCAAACGCUCAGCUUCACUCACUUGACAUCUAUCUCAUGACUAUAACGAAACAACUGUGCCAAUUCUCUCAGUGCAAAUGAUUAACAUAAUGUUUAUUUUAAUUUAUUGUGGGUUGCUAAAAGGAAGAAAAAGCUCACUUGACGACAAAGAAAAAAGUCAAAAGCGGUAGUCGCCUCAUUUGAUUUUCUUUUAGUCUGUGUGCCUGCUGAACAUCUUUAAUCACGUAGUCAAAGUAGAAGUCGCCUGUAACAUAUCUUAAUCUUAACAAACACAUUUUUUUUAACUAUACUAAUCAAAUGACAUGUACAUACAGAUGAUGCCCUUACUUCCCCUCGCAGAUAUGAAUACUCAUCACAUUUGAUAAAGCGCUGAGGAAAAAGCCAAGCUCACGUGCUUUGCUUGCAUCUUGGAGGUUUAGUAGUUUGUUGUUUGCAUUUUGGGAGUGUUUAACUCCUCUUUCUUCUACAAAAGAAACAUUUCAAAAGAUGGUUACCUCAGUGUUGUUGCAUUUUAAAUCGUUACCCUAUCUGCUGCUUUCAAGACUGACGGGAAAUUGGAAUGACAUCAUUUAGAAUAAAUGAAUUAUGACCCCAAAACCUUGCAGCAAAAACAAAAAAACAUGAUACUGUGUGUGUGAAUGGGUUCUUUGAUAGAAACAGCCUUUUUUGGGCAGGCCUAAUCAUAUAUAUAGUGUACAGAUUAUAAAAAAACAUACAAUUUAACUUGCAUCAGCGGUUGUAUGAAAAGGCAGUUUCUAAUAUUGCCAAUAAAUACAGGCUCAUCUAAUUUAUAUCGUGUGUUAGUGGGCACCGCCAUAGCUGUGUGAGACGUCCAACUACUGCAUCGUGUGCGGUAAGAAAACACGGCUUUGUCGUGAUUUGGCAAGUUGGUACUACAAUUUUGAUGACCAAUUUUCCCUGUUUUCUUUAAUUAGUAAGAAACUAACUUUUUUCCACACAUUUUUCAUCAAUAAGAUUAAACCUGACAGGAAAUGUUCCCUUACUACAAGUGACUUCUAGAAAAAUAUUUAUCAUUAAAAUUUCCUCACUUUUCAACCCAAGUAUUUGCCAUACUAACAGCUAAAAACUUUAUAGCUUGAAUCAUCCAUAACAUAGCGAACGUCCAUCAAGCUAUUUCAAGCGUUCCAUUUGGUUUCUUUCUUUUUUUUAAACUGCGCCUGGUGACUUCUAACUUUCAGUUUAUGGCAUAAUCAUCCUCCAGUAUCUAUCAAUUUGUCUACAAUGUAAGAAGAUACUGUAAUGCCUUAAUAGUAACACACUCACUGAAGGAGAUUUAGACAAGCCACUAGUUGUUUGUUUGACGUACUGUAUUAUUGAAUGUUCCAUCCCAACAAAUAGUCCAAAUCAGUCAAUUGGGAGCAAAGUGAAAAGAACAUUUAUUGAGUUGUCGUUGUGUCAAACUCCCAGUAUGCUCACAUGAACUUGAAACUGCAAGUCUUCUAGCGAAAUAGCCAUGGCAGUUAAAAGACUUUAAAGCACAAACACUGUAAUUGCUUCUACGUUUGGUUUUGUGGUGAUUUGUUUUUAUUGUUGGCUUGUUUAACCAAUUCUUAAAAAAAAGGAACAAAAAAAGAGAAGAAAAAGAAAAAAAUCUGCACCAUAUGGUCUUGUUUAAAUGUUCAGCUACAGUGAGUGAGGAGUAUAUUUAUUCACUUCCUUUAUAAAAACAAUGUAUAAAAGUACAUUUGAAAACAACAGGUCAUGUGACGCUUAUUUGAUUUGAAUUGAAUGGACACAUUGUGGCAUUGAUUCAGGUGUCAUGACUGUCCGGGGGUUUAUUUGUUGAGUAAAAGAACAAAUGUUUGCAAGCAAUUGAGUUCCUUUUUGAAGUGGGGAGAGGGUGUGCACCAAUAUAACAGUAUUCUAGAGCAGACUCAAUGUGUUAUCUGGAGAAAAUGUAGAUACAUGCGUAUCUUUAGAGCCAGUGUGUGUAGUACUAGUUUUCACACACUUGAGUGUUUGACGUGCAGAGAGUGUGCUUGUGAUGCAUGUCUACAUGAAACAUCAGGCAUUUUGUUUUUUGAUAUAUUUAUUUAUUUCUAAUCACAGUCGCCUAUCAUUUAUUCUGUGGGUUUUUGUGGGGUAUUUGAUGACUACCUGAAAUUUUGUUGGCAGUAACCACCUGCUGGUGAAGCGGUGCCUUGAGAUACGAGUGACCUGACUUACACAUUUGUCAAGAUGAGAACAAGUCAAGUUUAUUUACAUAGCCCUAAAUCACAGACAACUCUCAAAGAGCUUCUCAUAUGCAAAAUUGACAAUUAUUUUCAACAUCCCCUGAUCCUCAUCUUAACUCCAAGGAGGGCAAGGAAAAACUCCAAAACCCCUACUGGGGAAAAAUAAGAAACCUUGAGAAGAGACCACAAAUGGGAGGAUCCCCCGCUAACUUAAUGCUAACGAAUAAUAGCAAACGUCAUAGAUGUGCUUCAUAAGUAGCAUCUAUGUGAUAGUAUUUCAAAGAAUGCAUAUUUGAACACAAUAUAUAUUACAAUAACAAUAUAUAUAUAUAGGCGAUUCUUUAUCCUCCGGGAAAAUGAAUUAUGAUUGAUUAGUAAAGCACUGAUAGUAUUAUAUUGUCGCCCAGUGGUCAAGGCUCUGUUUUUAUAAAGUACAUUAUAGAGUACUAUUUUCCUCAUUUGUUGUGUUUUGGGGGAGGCUGGAUCCAAUUGAUGGCAUUUCCAUGUAUUUUAAUGGGCAAAGAUGAUUUGAAAUAUGACCACUUUGAGUUACGAGUGUGGUCAUGUAAUGAAUAAAACUCGUAUCUCAGGGCACCACUAUAUUCUUCAUCAAAUGUACAGGAUUUCUUAUAUUUUGGGAGUAGAAAUGCUAUAAACAAUUCCCUUUUAUUAAUUCAAUCUUAUUUGCAAUAAAAGCCUUCACAUCCCGACACUUAAACCCAUAUGUGAGUUCAUGAACGCUCAGAUGGGUUAGUCCCAGUGUAGCUGCUGAGUCAUGAUUAUCCUGGUAUAUCAUGCAUAUUUGUUGGCCCUCGAACACGUUGCGCAAAUACUCAGCUGAGCCCAGAUGGCCAGAUGCCAUGGUGCACGCAGCAUAUAGGAUUAUCCUGCUUUUGCGCCUGCCGUCAUUAUUGACUGCGCCGUUGCUCGCUAAAUCUUCUGGCAUAUUUACAAACAUAAAACACGGUUCAUUUCAUCCCGGAAUGGAUCGAGGGGUGGCUCGGAUUGUAUUUUGUUUGCACAAACUAGAAUCGUAUGAUGUUGAACUCCCUGUGUGCUCCAACAGGCUUUUUCAUGAUGAUCUCCAGUCUAAAUUAAAAUGUUGAUUUACAAGCUGAAAGCUCACUCCCUCACCUCCCUGCUGACAUCAAAAAGCAACCCCAAUUUCAACUUUAAAAUGAGCCAUCUCCAUAGAUCGGCAUCCAAUUGAUGCGUUCAAAUGCACACCAGCCACUCCCGGGAUCCCAGAAGUAUUGUACUGAAUGUGCCUUCAAGUAUUUUGUCAAACACCGCAAUGACGAAAGUCGACCUUUCAUUUUAGCCCCAUUUACAUCAAGCAGUAUUAUUUCACAUGGCUAAGCAAAUUAAUUUCUAAAUUGAUGUUCAGUAUUUAGCCAAUUGGGUGGAAAUUGAGAGAAAAAGCAGAGUAUAGAUGCAAGCAGCAGAGGUUAAGCCAAGUACAGAUGAUGUAUGAUGCAUAACUCCGGGGUAGCAAUAUUCUUCAAAUGAAACAGUAAGUAUUGAAACAUCAGCGUAGAACAUUUAGAUUCCAUAAAAAAAAUAAUAGCGCUCCGUGCCGACUUGCUCCCUAAAAAAUUCUUAAGCAAGCGUCUAGAAGUUAUUAUUCAACAGGGUUUUCUUCAGAGCCGCUUUCUGUUUGCUUCCCAUUGGCUCUGUCAACCAAUCAAUGGGCAGUAGUGUGCCUAGCUCCACCCUGCACUACCCUACCACAUUAUGCUGAAAAGUGGGUUGGUAAAACUUAUUUAUCAGCUUUUGACAAUGGAAACUCUAAAAAAUAAAAAUAAAAAAAUAAACUGAACCAUAUUACUGCUAUGAGAAAUAAACAAUGCUCCAAAACUUGCUUCUCACUACAGUACAAACUAAAAAAAUUGUGUGCCGUUGCUACCAUUAUUUUUUACAUGCAUAUUGUUUUUCGAUCCAUUUGUGCGAUAGCAUCAUAAUUGCAGUAAGUUUUACUUUAGGCAGAAACGUGCUUCAUUUGAGCACCAAGCAAAAUCAUUUAAUGGAGCCAAAGAAGAGAAAAAAUUGCUCUUAUCCAAAAUUAAUUUUGAUUUUCCACACUCCAAAUACUAAGGAAAGUAUUUUUUGCCUUCAAUGUAAGAUAUGGAGGGUUCAACUAAGUUGACGCACAUUUCUGUCUGUUCAAGGUCACACUCUACCUGACAGUUACCUUCCGUGCAGCUGCAGAAAAAAAAUAGAAUAAGCAAUGAUUCUUGGAGGUAGUAGAUUUCAACAAUCAGGAGCAACACUUCUUCCAGUCAGAAUCUAGUUAGG